AUGACUUCUUCCAACACUGACCAGCGCCUGGAGCAUCUCCUCAGCGCCGUGGAGAGCGAGUUCCAGAAGGGCAGCGAGAAGGGCGACGCGUCCGAGAGGGAUAUUAAACUGACGCUGGAUGAUGCGGAUUUGUGGAACAAGUUCAAAGAGUUAACCAACGAGAUGAUUGUCACCAAGACUGGAAGGAGGAUGUUUCCGGUGCUCAGGGCCAGCGUCAGCGGCCUGGACCCCAACGCCAUGUACUCGGUGCUGCUGGAUUUCGUGGCCGCGGACAACAACCGGUGGAAAUACGUGAACGGGGAGUGGGUCCCCGGUGGCAAACCGGAGCCCCAGAGCCCCAGCUGCGUCUACAUCCACCCGGACUCCCCGAACUUCGGAGCGCACUGGAUGAAAGCGCCGGUCUCCUUCAGCAAAGUGAAACUCUCCAAUAAACUCAACGGGGGCGGACAGAUCAUGCUGAAUUCUCUUCACAAAUAUGAGCCGAGGAUACACAUCGUGAAGGUUGGCGGCAUCCAGAAGAUGAUCAGCAGCCAGUCUUUCCCCGAAACACAGUUCAUCGCAGUCACGGCGUACCAGAACGAAGAGAUCACCGCGCUGAAGAUAAAGCACAAUCCCUUUGCUAAAGCCUUCUUGGAUGCCAAAGAAAGGAGCGACCAUAAAGACAUCCCCGAUCACAGCGCAGACAGCCAGCAGUCUGGCUACUCUCAGCUGGGAGGUUGGUUCCUCCCGGGCCAGAGUCCCAUCUGCCCCAGCAGCAGCCCUCCUCAGUUCAGUGGGGCGGCGGGCCACUCCUCCGGCUCCUACUGCGAGCGCUACUCCAGCCUGAGGAGCCACAGGGCGGCCCCAUACCCCAGCCACUACCCCCACCGCACCUCCAGCACAAACAACUACAUGGACAAUACUUCAGGGACUCUGCCCUCUCAUGACAGCUGGUCUGCUCUCCAGAUCCCCAACUCCACAGGCAUGGGCACUCUGUCCCACACCACCAACUCCACAUCUAAUUCCAGUCAGUACCCCAGCCUAUGGUCAGUAGCCGGCACCACCCUCACCCCCUCAGGCUCGGCCUCGGCCUCCAUACCUGGAGGUUUGACCUCACAGUUCCUGAGGGGCACCUCAUACACAGGCCUGACCUCCUCGCUGCCCGUCUCCUCGCCCUCCUCCAUGUAUGACCCCAGCCUGAGCGAGGUCGGGGUCGGGGAAGCCCAGUUCGAGAGCUCCAUCGCCAGGCUGACCGCGUCCUGGGCACCUGUGGCUCAGAGCUACUGAGCUAUGAAGUCUGCUGCCUCGCGGUCGUCUGGAGGCUUUAAUAGCAGGACUAAAGACACCAAUAAAAGGUCCUGGAGAAGAGGAAAUGUGACACCUGCAAGGAUCUCUUCUGGCUCCUGUUUGUGGAGAAAAAAACUCUGAUUAGUCAUUCCCAAAGCCUCUUUUAAAAAAUAAAUAAAGGUAUUCAUUUAUAGGCUGGAGUCAUACUAAGCUGUUGAUGUGGGAAGACAGAACGUGAAAGACAAUCAACUCUUUCCAUGAUGGACAAUAUCAAACUAGAAUAACAAGCCUUAGAAUAGAUCCAUGAUCAGAACUCCCUCUCUGCUCUUAGUAAUUUCCAACAUGCUUAUUACCCAUUCAUAACAUGUUUAUUACACCGUGUUAAAACUCCCUUUAGUGCCACAAAACCAAACUCAACCAAGCAAUCCUUUAUAUUAUUGUUUUUAUUCUGAAAUAUAUAAGAUGGAAAAAAAUGGUUCUGCUAACAUAAAUGUGUAUAUGUGUGUAAAUAGAAUAAAUUAACGUCCUGUGUUUUCCAUAUGAAUGUGGCUUUUCGGAUUGCA